GCGCAGGACUUAAAAAAAACAAAAGAUGCCAGCAGCUCUUGAAUUCCCUGCCAUUUUUACGCCCGCGAAUUAGAGGACGCGGUCGGGAACAGACGCAGAUGAUGGAAUAGCGAGAAAAUCCGUCGCGUUCCCUCUGACGCGUGCGCGGGUCAUUCCUCCCCAGCUGACGCGGCGAUUAAAAAAACCGGACUGUUAUAACGCGCGCGAUCGGGCCGAAUUUUUGCGCACAUUUCACCGUCAGGAAAUGAGUAUAGAAAUCCCCGAAGGCUUGACGGAGCUUCUGCAGAGCUUUACCGUGGAGGUCCUGAGGAACCAGCCGGGGGAUCUGCUGGAGUUCGCCCUGCAGUACUUCACGCGUCUCAAGGAGAACGAGACCCGCGGCGGCGCGUUCGGCAAUGAGCGCAACCCGGCCACGCGCGCGGGGAAAGCGGUCAACUUCAUCGAGGAGGCCAUGCAGAUCGACUCGGAGAACGGAGAGGAGGAGGACGACGAUGAAGAGUUCGUAGCUCCGGUUAUCAACAGAUUUGUCCGGAGAGCUUCUGUCUGUGCGGAGGCGUACAACCCUGAUGAGGAUGAAGAGGAGCGAGAGCCGAGGGUCACUUACCCCAAAACAGACGAGCAGAGACAGAGACUACAGGAAGCCUGCAAAGACAUCCUGCUGUUCAAAAACCUGGACCAGGAGCAGAUGUCUCAGGUGUUGGACGCCAUGUUUGAGAAAGUAGUGGUGAGCGGAGAGCACAUCAUCGACCAGGACGACGACGGUGACAAUUUCUACGUCAUUGAGAGGGGAAUGUUUGAGAUCCUGCUGAAAGCGGACGGCACCACGCGGACCGUGGGCUCGUAUGACAACCGUGGCAGUUUCGGAGAGCUGGCCCUGAUGUACAACACGCCAAGGGCCGCAACCAUCAUCGCUACCUCACCCGGAGCCCUGUGGUGCCUCGAUCGACUGACAUUCAGAAGGAUCAUCGUGAAGAACAACGCAAAGAAAAGGAAAAUGUACGAGGCUUUCAUCGGGACGCUUCCACUGCUCACGUCGCUGGAGGUUUCAGAGAGAAUGAAGGUUGUUGAUGUCUUGUCGACCAAAGUGUACAACGGCGGGGAACAGAUCAUUGCUCAGGGGGAUUUGGCAGAUUGUUUCUAUAUUGUGGAGUCGGGACACGUUAGAAUCACUAUGAAGAGGAGCAAGUCAAAAAACGACACUGAAGACGAAGAAGUGGAAAUCACCACAUGCUCCAGAGGGCAGUAUUUUGGAGAAUUGGCUCUCGUCACCAACAAACCACGAGCAGCUUCAGCGUACGCCAUGGACAGCGUCAAAUGCUUAGUAAUGGACGUGCAGGCAUUCGAGAGGUUAUUAGGCCCCUGCAUGGACAUCAUGAAACGAAACAUUGCGAAUUACGAAGAGCAGCUGAUCACGCUCUUCGGGAGUCAAAUCGCAAUAGAGGAGCCGAAUGCAUGAAAUCAGUUAAUCAAUAAAACGUCGCAAACUUUAAAAUGCAAACACGAAACGACGACAAUAUGGUAAGUAGAGGCCCGUCACCAUGGUCAAGAAAACCGUGUUCACUUAUAGGUCAUAAGCUUGAAGUUAUUGUUUUGCAUUCACAGAUGUGAAACUCCGGUGUGUGUGUCAACGAUCAUGAAUUUUUUAGCUGUGAAAAAAGCCAAAAUGUGAGCGUUUGCCUUCAGGGUACAUGUGCUGGGUUUGGUUAUGGUGGUUCGGUUUGGGGAUUUGGUAUUGGUGUGUUUAUCCAAAUCUUUCUUUUUUUUUUAAACAGGUUUGUUUAUUUCACAUGCUGUGUCUUUUACAGCGAUGUCCACAUAAAGACUGCAUUUUUUGCCAUAUAUGGCACAGUGAUAUGUUCAUUUAUUCUUUUAAUCGCUUUUAAUAUUUCUGCAUUUGGAGAUUUGUCAAUGUGUUCAGUGUUACGAGAGUCAUUUUUACUCCAAGCCAUUUUUGAAUACACUAAAAUUAUUGCUGAAGAGCUCUGUCCAAUGGAUUCUGAUGACACCGGUUUGCUACACUAUAAUAUAUGUUAAAGCAACUAAUGGACCAUUCACUUCAAGACAAGUCAUAACACAUCAUCUCAGAGUUUCAGGUCAACAUGAAAACAAAUUAUGAACUGUUUCCAAAACAGGUGAUUCAUUGCAAAUUAUCAAAAUUUAGAUUUUUCUUGUGAUCAUUUCUGUGGUGGCACGGUAGCUUAGUGAUUAGCACUGUUGCCUCACAGCAAGAAGAUCGCUGGUUCGAGUCCUAGCUGGGUCAGUUGGCACUUCAGUGUGGAGUUUGCAUGUUCUCCCCGUGUUGAAGUGGGUUUCCUACGGGUGAUCCGGUUUCCGGUUUAGUGAAUAAACUAAAUUGGCCGUAGUGUGUGUGUGUGUGAAUGAGUGUGUAUGGAUGUUUCCCAGUACUGGGUUCCAGUUGUAAGGGCAUCUGCUGUGUAAAACAUAUGCUGGAAUAGUUGGCGGUUCAUUCUGCUGAUAAAUAAUGGACUAAGCCGAAAGAAAACUAAUGCAUGAAUAAAGUCUUAAUUGUGAGUAAAAAUAUAUUCAGAAAGACAAGAAAUAGCCCAAAGUAAAAUAUACAUAUGUAAUAUACAUUUACAUAUGUAACUCAGUGGUCCUACUGCACCCAACCCGAUCUGACAUGGGAUUGAACAGGGAGGCUAAAACCAUGGCCUCUAGCGUCUGUCGCUAGAGCACCUUUUGAGGUCAGAGGAGUGAGGUUUACCUGCAGAGCACUUCGCUAGCCAGUCUCUGUUACACUCAACCCCCUAAACCUUACUCCUAUCCCGGACGGGCCCCCACAUGUCACCCAUUGGUCUUACCCAACCCACGCUGAGCGGGGAUCAAACCAGUGAUUCUUUGUAUGGGAGUCGGAGACCAGCUAACAAAGUUCUAUGCAGGUAAACCUCACUUGUCUGACCUUAAAAGGCCUCUAACGUCUGUCGUCUGUCGCUAGAGCACCUUUUAAGGUCAGACAAGUGAGGUUUACCUGCAUAGCUCUUCGCUAGCUGGUCUCCAUUAUACUCACUCCUAAACCUCACUCCCAUCUCAGACGAUGCCCCCCGCGUAACCCAUCGAUCCUACUGCACCCAACCCACGCUGAGCUGGGAUCGAACCGGCAAUUCUUUGUAUGGGAAUUGGUUGCUCUAACAAGGAGGCUUAAAGGCCAUGGCCUCUAGCGUCUUUCGCUAGAGCACCAUGUAGGGGUCAGAGGAGUGAGGUUUACCUGCAUAGCACUUCACUAGCUGGUCUCCGUUACACUCACACAUCUAAACCUCACUCCCAUCCCGGACGAGCCCCCACAUGUAACCCACCAGUCCUACUGCACCCCGCUCUGACCUGGGAUUGAACCGGCGAUUCUUUGUAUAGGAGUCAGAUGAUGAUUCAUUAUCCAAUCAAUUCCUGUGGUUAAAAUCAGACCCCGCCGAUUAUUUACUUAUAUAAUAAAACACAUAAAUACUUCAGUAUCAGGAGAAAAUUGCUUGUGCGUGGUUUCAUUUUGACUUUAAAGGCUCGUACACAUCGGGACGCUUUUCGUUUAUCGCCAGUGUUUUUCAAUACGCUUUUCCAGAUUCAAACACAAGCGAUUUUCUCUGGCGUCGAGCUCGUUCUGACACCCGCUUGUAACACAGAAGAAGAGAGAAAGUUGACACGCUUGUUGUUAUGGAUGGUUCAAGUAGCAGCUCCAGCUAUAGCGAUGAAGAAAUGAUGAUUGUUCACCAGUGCAAUAAGCGUUCAUAUCGCUCAUGGGCAUCUUUUUCAAUGUGCGCUCGCAUUGACAGUUUUGCGCUUGAGCGCCUCCAAGUGCUGUUAACUGUAACUUCAGCAGCUCCGUCCACGUGAACAAAAGUGACAAUCUGAUUGGUGGAGAAGUUUUUGAGAAGGGCGUGUCAAAACAAAAAAACGUGCAUGAGGCGUUUUUUAUUUUAAUUUUAAAAAUGAGGCUUUUACGCCUGCCGUUUUGCACGUUGGUGUGCACAAUCACAUUGAAGCCCUUUAUUUAGUCACGAGGCUUUAAACGUCGACGGAAAACGCGAGAAAAAAUGUCUCCGUGUGCACGGGCCUUAACACUUCAUUAAACUUCCAUUAGGUAACUGCGAGGAAUACAAUUAGAGAAAAGACACAGAGACUCAAUUAUGUGAAGAAAGUUUGAAUAUCAUUACACUUUGAUGCCAUUGUAAUGAAAAAAAAAAAAGCCUCAUUCAUGCGUUUUUAGUCUUUUAGAGAAGCUCCUCACUUCUGUCCCACAUGAAUAGUAAACAUAGCCAUUGUGUAUCUUUACUUUUGAAAUGGUGUAGCACAUUUUUAUGAUUUGUUCACAUCUUCAGUGCUUUUAUUAAAACAAAAGUAUUUCACGUUGAAUUAAGAUAUAUUCAACAUGCACAAACAGACUUUCUUUUAUAGAUGCUUAAAGGGUUAGCAAGGAUGUGUGCUUUAUCUGAAAAUGUCUGAAUGGUUCCUCUUAAUUCCUGUGUGUAUAUAUAUAUAUAUAUAUAUUGAGUUGGUUUCUUUUAAUCUUCAGUUUAUUAUCGGAAGCUUUCUGCAUUUUGAUAAAGUUCUUCAGAGCACUUGCUUUAUUCCUAAUUUCUGCAGUAUUUGGACAGUUUUUUCUCUUGGUGUGUGAAAAGUUUGUCCUUGUUGAUUGGAUCUUUUUGCUUGACAGAAAGAAUCAUAAGUAGUAUCCAUUUCUUCCUAAAACACCGCUGAAGAUAAAUCAUUACUGUCUACCUCUAAUAUGAACAGCUUAGCCAUUGUCACCGUGUAGAUCCCGCUGGUUUAUCUGUCGAUAAACUAACCUGUAGUGAAUCCCUGAACCAUAUCUGUGUGUAAGUGUAACUUUACACCAUUUCUACCCUGUUUCACUGGGAGAGAGAGAGAAAAAAAGACUUUUAAUUGCCAAUCAGUACUCAUUUCUGUGUGAAUUUCUGCCGCCAAAUUGAAAAGUCGCUAAUGCUUUUUAUGUCCUGAAAAAUGGAUUAAAGGUCUAAAGUCUCUUGGUGCAAGAGAGCCCAGUAUUAUACUGUCAGUUAUAUUUGACUUUCCAUUCAAAUAAAGAACAAUUUUGUAUUUAAA